CAAUCGACUUAUCAAGGCAACAACAGGUAGUUGUCCCGCCCUGGCGUAGGUCAGUUGAUAAAAUCGCUUCGGCAUUACAAAAUACUCGCUAAGUGCCGUCGUCGCGUUUUCAGAUACUUAAAUACUGAAUCUCAAUCACCGGAAACCCCCCACAGAAUAGAAUCUCCCUCAUAAUGUAUCCCUUCGGUUCUGGUUCUGGAAUGCCAUCGUACCCCCCUACCUCCACUAAUCACCAAGAGCCACCGCGGGCGCCCUUUGGAGCUGGUUGGGUGCCACCGAUGCAGCAAAACUCGCCAUACCCCCCCUCACAGCCAUCGCCCCAAAUGCACCAGCACCACCACCACCAACAGCCUCAUCAACAGCAACAUUAUCCCGGAGCCCCUGCUCCCUGUCCACCAAUGUCGGCUCCCUACCCGACGGCCAACCCAUCCUAUCCACCUUAUCCCAGUUCGAAUCCGUAUCCGUCUCAAUUCGCUCCUCCAAUGCAUCAGCAGCAGCAGCAGCAUCCAGUUUCGAACAGCCCCUAUCCCACGGAUCGUGGAUAUACCCCGGCCAUGACAGCCGGAUACGAUGCAGGCUAUGGCUACGGAAACGGACAAGGACAUGGACAAGGACAUGGGCAGGGGCAGGGGCAGGGGCAGGGGCAGGGGCAGGGGCAGGGGCAGGGGCAGGGGCAGGGCUAUGGACAGGGGCAUGGGCAUGGGCAUGGACAGGGGUAUGGGAAUGGUCAGGGGCAGGCUCAUCGGUCACUCCCAGCUCACAGAGAGGGAACUCCCACUGUGGUGCCCGCCCAGGGCUUCGAUCCCGUCAAGGAUGCCCAUGCCCUGCGCAAGGCGAUGAAGGGCUUUGGCACGGAUGAGGAUGCCCUCAUCGAGAUCAUCUGCCGGCGGACGAACGAGCAGCGCCAGGAGUUCCAGCGCCAAUACAAGACCCAUUUCGGCAAGGACCUUAUCGAGGACAUUAAGUCGGAGACGAGCGGUAACUUUGAGAAGCUCCUCGUCGGCCUGCUGCGCCCCAUCGUGGACUUCUACUGCGCGGAGCUGAACGAUGCCAUGGCUGGUCUGGGCACCGACGAGGAGGUACUCAUCGAGAUCCUCUGCACGCUGUCCAACAUGGAGAUCUAUACGAUCAAAAACCAGUACUUACGACUGUACGGUGCUCACUUGGAGUCCGAACUAAAGUCGGAGACCUCGGGCAACUUCAAACGGCUGCUCACCUCCUUGUGCACGGCGGCACGGGAUGAAAGUGGUCGGGUGGACCCCAAUGCGGCCAAGAACGAUGCCAGGGAGCUGCUCAAGGCCGGCGAACUGCGUGUCGGCACCGACGAGAGCAUGUUCAACAUGAUCCUCUGCCAGAGGAACUACCAGCAGUUGAAAAUGAUAUUCCAGGAGUACGAGAACAUGACUGGCCACUCGCUGGAGAAGGCCAUCAAGAAGGAGUUCUCCGGCGACGUGAUGGAAGGCCUUAUCGCCAUCUACAGGUGUGUCACAAACAAGGCCGAAUACUUUGCCUCGCGUUUGCACAAGUCGAUGGCCGGAAUCGGUACCAACGACACCCAGUUGAUCCGUGUGAUCAUCACGCGGAGCGAGAUUGAUAUGACAGACAUCAAGGUGGCUUUUGAGCGUCUGUACGGCAAGUCCUUAAAGAGCUGGAUCAAGGGCGAUACUUCGGGCCACUACAAGCAUGCUCUCUACGCCCUGGUGGGUGAGCAGCGGUCUUCUUAAGAAUCUCCAUAUAUAUUUAUUAUUCAAAUCAAAUCGAACUUGAAAUCAAUUAUUCGAAUACGUUUUAUCUUUUCAAUGUAUUCGAUCAUUAACAACAUACAUACGAUUAACAUUACAACAUACACGCCAAGGGAGCCAAACAAUUAUGACCCACUUUGUAGACUUUAAGUGCUCACAAAUAUUACCUGAACAAUUUGAUACCUCUAUAAACAAGCAUAAAACCUAUGGUUAGCAAAA